GUACGGCCUCUAUAAGUACCGAGUCGCUUCCGGUAGCCUCCGUGCUGCUGUUGCUUUUGCGUUCCCGGUUGUCCUUUGCAGCUGGUGCCUGCCGUUAUGCCUGAGCCCGCAAAGUCCGCCCCGGCGCCCAAGAAGGGCUCGAAGAAAGCCGUCACCAAAGCCCAGAAGAAGGACGGCAAGAAGCGCAAGCGCAGCCGCAAGGAGAGCUAUUCCAUCUACGUGUACAAGGUGCUGAAGCAGGUGCACCCGGACACGGGCAUCUCGUCCAAGGCCAUGGGCAUCAUGAACUCCUUCGUCAACGACAUCUUCGAGCGCAUCGCGGGCGAAGCGUCCCGCCUGGCUCACUACAACAAGCGCUCGACCAUCACGUCCCGGGAGAUCCAGACGGCCGUGCGCCUGCUGCUGCCCGGCGAGCUGGCUAAGCACGCCGUGUCCGAGGGCACCAAGGCGGUCACCAAGUACACCAGCUCCAAGUGAGUCCCUGCCGGGAUAGUGGCGCUCGCCCGGAUCGCCGGGUCGCUUGACUCCAAAAGGCUCUUUUCAGAGCCACCCAUCUUCUCAAUGGAAGAAGCUGUCAUCUUGUUUUCGUUUUCAUAAGCUGUUCUUUUUGUGCCAUGUAUAACUUAGUGAAGAUCUCGUUUCCCUUCGGAUGAAGGACCAGCAUAGGUCCAAAUUUUACAGAUAGGUUGAGAGCUAGCUAGAGUAAGUUUUCAUUCAUUUACAGGUAACUUGCUUUUCAUCACAGUGAAAAGGUGAGGGAUGAGUGGUAAUGGAUUUUGAGAAAGAAAAGUUAACCAGUGUUUACCUUGUAGCUGUUAGAUUUGGUCAAUACUUUGUAAAAGCAUUUUUCUUGAGUUCAGGAAACCAGAUGUAAUGUUAUUGUAAAAAUACAAAGCAAUGCUAGAGACCAUGCCCCAGCGCUUACAGAAAACCUAUAGUGCACUUGGUUAUAUUGAUUCUGUAUGUUGACUGAAGACAAAAACCCCAUAAUUUGAAAGCUGAGAAUUAUGUUUUAUUUGGCAGCCUUGCUGAGGACUUAAUCUCAGUAGACAGCCGGGAGAUAGAUUGCUCAAGGGGGAGCCAAGACAUAUAGGAGUUUUGCAAAAACAAACCAGGCAGUUGAACAAAAGACUAAUAAUUAAAAAAAGAAAAAUCAA